UAUCCUCUCUCUCUCUCUCUCUCUCUCGGCCUCCCCACUAUGCACACAGCACAUAAAGCAAGCAAAGGACAAGGGUGAAACAUAGAUAGAACGGCCAACCAAACCGUCAUAAACAUUCCUUUUCCUCCUUUUUAUUAUAACCAGUUUCGAGAAAAAGAGUUCAGUUUACUCUCUCUGAAGACAUCGUUUGCUUGUUCCUUUUCUUCUUUCAGUUGCAUCCAUGGACACGGCUCAAUGGCCACAGGAGAUUGUGGUGAAACCAAUAGAAGAGAUAGUCACCAACACAUGUCCAAAGCCUGCAGCUUUAGAGAGGAAAGCAAGGCCUCAGAAAGAACAAGCCCUUAACUGUCCAAGGUGCAAUUCAACUAACACCAAGUUCUGCUACUACAACAACUACAGCCUCACACAGCCAAGGUACUUCUGCAAGACUUGUAGAAGGUACUGGACUGAAGGUGGGUCCCUUAGAAACAUUCCUGUGGGAGGGGUUUCAAGGAAAAACAAGAGGUCAGCCUCCUCCACUUCUUCGUCUUCUUCAAGAACGCUUCCUAAUCUGGUCACACAUCAAAGCUUGUCACAGUCUUCCUCUCAAAACCCUAAGAUCGGUGAGGGCCAAGAUCUUAAUUUGGCUUUCCCAGCCACUCAAGAUUUUAGAACUAUCUCUGAAUUGAUUCAAUUACCCAGUAUUCAAAACGGCAACAAGAACCAAAUUUCUACUACUUCUACGACGAGUAGUACCACAGCUCAGCUUUCUGCUUUGGAGCUUCUUACUGGACUCACUUCAAGGGGCUUCAAUUCCUUCAUGCCCAUGUCUAUUCCAGAUCCAAACUCAGCUCAUACAUCUGGGUUUCCCCUGCAGGAUUUCAAGCCAAACCUGAAUUUCUCUCUGGAUGGGUUUGCAAGUGGAUAUGGGAGCUUCCAGGGCGUUCAGGAGACUAGUGGAAGGCUUUUAUUUCCAUUUGAGGAUUUGAAACAGGUCUCACACACAAGUGGUAUUGAGCAAAAUAAAGAACAAGGAGAUUCAACUGGAUUUUGGACUGGGAUGUUAGGAGGAGGAUCAUGGUAAAGAAGAUGAAAGAUCGUCUGGGUUUUCUGUUUUUUCCUUCUCUUUUUUAUUGUGGGUUUUGGGUUUUAUUAAUCUCUCAUGGUGGGUUACGUGUUUGGGUUUCUUCAUAACUAACAUAUAGGAUGCACCGGUUUCUCUCUCCUUCUGGUUCUCUAUUUUCCUUCUAAUCUUCUUGUUUACUCUUUGAGCAUGGUAGGAUUUUGAAGCUUAUAUUUUUAGGUCGGCUUCAGAAGAGGAUGGCAUGGGAUACUGUACAAGGAUAGAAGGAGAGAUCAAGACAUGCCCAGAUUCUUUUAGGGUUAACAAGUAGAGAAGGGCAUGCAUGCACCAUGCUCUUUAUUUUAUGUAAUUUCUUCUAUCACAAGAAAAAAGAGCAGAAGGGCAACAACCCACUAUAUAUUGUGUGUCACAUUGGCUUGGUACAAAAAAUUAUGUACAUGCGCAAGUUUGUAAGGAGUUUCAUUGAUGAAAAAGCCUUUGUUUAUAGUAUUUUUCAUUGUGGCUUUGAUUUC